AGAGUUUUUUGACAUGGUACUUGGAUUCAUCUUCUUAAUAGCUUCAGUGUCGAGUACUUGCACUCCGCCCAGUAGAAAUAACAACAUCAACGAAGACGAUGUGGCUGACCUCAAGGAUUUGCUCCACUCAUCGAUGCAGAGCAUAGUCUUACUGGACGACUUGGUUACCAAGCUCACGGAAAAAGUCGCUGAUCUUACCAUCUCGUUUGCCGAUACCAAAGCCGAUAUGCGAAACCUGAAGACCUCAGUUGAAGAAGAAAUAGCGGACUUGAAGACAUCAGUUGAAGAAGAAAUAGCGGACUUUAAGACAUCAGUUGAGGAAGGUAUGGCGGACCUAAAAGCUACCCCUCGGGAGGUGAUGAUAGUGAGCGGGGAGGAACAGCCGGGGGAGGCUAGAUGUGCUCGAGUAUGUGCUGGAACGACUGGUCGAGGCACCACCACCUGGAAUGAUGUUUCCUCUCACGGAGUUAAGUUGAGUGUGGACAUCAGUAAGUGUGGGUUUGUCAAGGUACCAACUGUCACCACCUCGGUGGAGGGGAAAAGCGCUCAGUGGAGAGCUACCGGUCUUGCUGCAGUCUACACCACAACCACAACCUCUUUCAUUAUGUGGGUAGAGGGACUACAGCACAGUCCUCAGAGUGGAAACGCUGAGUCCUGGGGUUGGAAUGUUGAAUGGGUGGCUGUUGGAUACAUUUGCUAAUUCAAACUGAACAAAACUUAUUCUGGUGGGAUUGUUUGAUUAUUGACUUGGCGAAUAUCCUGAUCAAAAGGGUUUUUAUCGUGUUUCUUUCUUGCAUGAUAUAAUCUAUGGGGCAAUGACCUAUCUUCCUUCAUAAUUAUAUCUAAUAAGUAUUGCUGGAUGAAAGUAGUUGCUGGCCGUCGCAUUUAAUUACUUUCCAUCGCUUCAUUUUUUAAGAGUAUCAUGUUUAAGUUUUUAUUUUACGGAACA